AUGAUUGCAGGAAAUGACGAAUUUGGCAUGCGUGAAUUUGACCCAUUACACUUGGACACUCCGUUACACUUUGAACACACUGCCCGAUUGAUUGGUGGAAAAAUCUCGGUUAAGAACAUGAUGACUGAAGGUUUGACGACAGUUAAAUUGCUAUCGCUGAGGUCAAAACUUCAAAACCCAAAUAAAAUGGAAGUGGGAUUCACAUCGAACUUCAAAAACUUAUUGAGCUCCGGUCAAUAUCAGUUCAAAGGAUAUCUAGGACGUAUGCCCAUAAACGCCAACGGCAGAUACAACAUAACAUUCAAGAACGUCGAGGCCAGCUACGUGUUGAAGGCCAAGCUCAAAGAAAUGGAAAACAGCACGUACGUGCAGCUCGAAAGUUUUCGCUCGCAUCCCCCGAAAUUCGGAGAAAUGAAAAUCUUCGCCAGCGAUUUGGUUCCGGGAAACGCCGUGUUGAACCGAGUAGCGUUGAGGUUCCUAAACCAGUACGCCAUCCAAAUAACUGACGAACUUUAUCCGGCCGUGGGACCUGUACUCGACAAUAUUCAAAUGGACAUGUGCAACAAAAUGUUGGUCAUGUACCCCUUCGACGUUUUGCUUCCGCCCACCAGAACGCAUUGA